UCCUCAGUGGGACUCUCCACCUGGCCUGUGUUCCUCUAAACCGCCAUCCUAGGCCUCCUUCCUAGGCUAUGUGUUGUCAUCCUCGUGACCAUCAGUAAGGUUUUCAAGGCUCCUGGAAAGUGCAGGCUUUACCCUGCCCUUUUCUCCACGUAUGAGGAAAAAUGCUACCUGGGCUCCCGGAGUCUGGAGAAGUGGAAAUUGGACACAAUGACUGGUAUAGGAGGCCGAGAGACCGGAGCAUCCAUGACCCAGGCGAGCCGAGCCCUGUUCUUGCCAGGGGCACAAACCCUGUUCUUGUCUUCUGACGCUUCCCGGUCCGCCUACUGCUGCAGGAGAAGGGUGGAAGGAUCUGUUCUCCAAAGGGGACAGCAAGGUAUCUUUAGGCUAAAGGACUCGGCGUCUAGUGUUCCAGUUGAAGAUCUAAAGAGAAAGCCACCUUGCUGCCACUAUGCCUAACUUUUCUGGCAACUGGAAGAUCAUCCGAUCGGAAAACUUUGAGGAAAUGCUAAAAGCUCUGGGGGUGAACAUGAUGAUGAGAAAGAUCGCUGUGGCUGCAGCCUCCAAGCCAGCUGUAGAGAUCAAACAGGAGAAUGACACCUUCUACAUCAAAACCUCCACCACUGUGCGAACCACAGAGAUUAACUUCAAGAUUGGGGAGGAAUUUGAGGAGCAGACUGUGGAUGGGAGACCCUGUAAGAGUUUGGUGAAAUGGGAGAGUGAAAACAAAAUGGUGUGCGAGCAGAGGCUUCUGAAGGGGGAGGGCCCCAAGACCUCCUGGAGCCGAGAACUGACCAAUGAUGGAGAGCUGAUCCUGACCAUGACGGCAGACGACGUUGUGUGUACCAGGGUCUACGUCCGAGAGUGAGUGCUACGGGUCCAAGAACUGCAGGAGACUUUUUCUGCUCCCGCUACAGGCCACAAACCUCCCGUGUCCAUCUAUCUUACAAGCUAGUUCUCCCCUUACUCCUGAGGGUCACUGCUUCCUCCAAGGCCCUUUGUUCUUUGCCUCCUCUAUGCCAGAGAGGGACAGACUACAAAAGUUCAGAACCCUUCCACCAUCAUCUGCCCCUCCCCAGGUCAGCAGUCCCAUCUCCGUACCAGGGUCCUUCCUGGAAGACUGUCUCUCUGGCCUCUGCUCUUUAUCCUUUAGUCUGUGUGAUUUAGAAUAUUUAUUGGUUAAUUUUAUUAAAAUGUUUUAAAAUGUAAA